AUGCAGCCAGACAUUCCCUAUCGUCGUGGAUCUCAAGCUCACGGACAGCGCCCCGAUGAGUGGAAGCUCGAACAAGGUCUGGAGGCUGCUCGUCUCGGCAUCCGCAACCAAAGCAGUUUUCAAAUCAACACUGACCCACACGAGCUAAAGACGUCUGAUUCGGAAAAGAUCAUAAGCUUCGAUGAUAAUGAUCUCGACGUUCAGGAUGAGAGAGAUGGCUGGAAGGGCUACGUAGAGUGGGAAGAUUACCCCGAGAAGAAAGUCAAAGCCCAUCAGCGCUUCCGACGCUUCAAGUUUCCGCCACCGCCCGAGUUCCAGCUCGAGCCUCUUCCGGCUACGAACCCCGUUCUUGAGGGGAAAAGAUGGAAGUUAUGGCACAAGGCUAUUGGGGGAUCCUUGACAAGGAUACCUGAGAUCAGCUGGGAGACGGUUCUCAAGGAAAAACAUCCCGAGAUGCUUCACCUUCUCGAAUUUCCAUACAACGGUGAAGCGCCAAAGAAACUCUUAACUAAGAACUACAUCAUGCCAAACGACCUGCACUUUGUUCGAAACCAUGGUGGCAUUCCUGACAUCGACCAUGCCGCUUGGGAUCUACGUCUUGAUGGCCUUGUCAACAACCCCCAAACCCUCACACUCAAGGACCUUCAAGACGAAACACGCUUCCCACGAGUCACCAAACUCGUCACAAUUCAAUGCAGUGGUACUCGCCGUUUCGAGCAGAUUGUUGAGUACCCCGGCGAAGGCGACGAAAUGAUCAACGCGCCCUGGGCCGAGGGUGCCAUCGGCACUGCGAAAUGGACAGGCGUGAGUCUGAAGAAGGUGAUCAAGCACUGCGGCGGUCUCAAAGAUGGCGCAAAGCAUAUUGAACUUUAUGGCGCAGAUACAUAUUUCAAGGGCGGGCAGCUUAUGAACUAUGUUGUUUCGGUACCUUGGUCCAAGGUCAAACUUCAUGAGGUUCUUUUGGCGUGGGAGAUGAAUGGUGAGCCGUUGCCCAAAAUCCAUGGUGCGCCGGUAAGAGCUGUUGUAAUGGGGUACAUUGGAGCUAGGAGUUGCAAGUGGCUCUACAGGAUUAAGGCGAUUGAGACACCCAGUCUCGCACCAGUACAGAGUAGGGAAUAUCUGUACUUUCAACAUCAGACCGGCAAGCAUAAUCAGUUACCCACCAUGGGGAUCCAAAUCCAAGAGAUGCCGGUUAGCAGUGCCAUCAUGUCCCCUUGGCACAAGGAGGUUGUGGUACACGACGGAGAGAUAGAAGUUACAGGCUGGGCAUACUCAGGUGGAGGUCGGUGGCCGGAACGUGUGGAAAUCUCCUCCGACGGUGGCUACGUGUGGUAUGCUGUACCCAUCGAAAACCUGUCUCCCAAGCACAAAUUCGCGUGGCGCACUUUCAAGGGUAAGGUACCGUGUGACCAUGAAGGCUGGACUGAGCUUGUCGUAAGAUGCUGGGACAACAGUCUCAACACACAGCCCAUGGAAGUCAGACACAGUUGGAACUGGGGUCUCCAUGUGACAAGCAGUUGCCAUCGCGUGAAAGUCUAUAGCGUCAAUGUGAAGAGGGAAGCAACCAGGAAGAGGCUUACGGAGUUUAACGAGCACGAUGAGGAGUUCACACCGAUUACGAGACCUGCACGUUUCGUACCGAUGAGCAUUGAUGAGUAUAAGAGCUUGACAAAGGAUGCCGAACCGAGGGAUGUUGAUGAGUAG